AAACAAACAUAACACAAUCUAGGUCAGAAACAGCGCCACUGAAUCGAUUUUACUUGCGAAUCUACAAAGUCGAUUUCAUAUAUUCAUGUAUUACUGAAUGAACUAUUUUGUAGUUUUACAAGUAAACUCUAUCAGAGAAUAUUGUAUUAUUUAUUUCAACGGUGGAGUAUCUUGACUUAUAAAUAUAAUAGUGUAAUAUGAAGUUUAUUAUAGUAUGUGUUUGUACUCCAUUCAUUGAAAAGCACUGACGCGUGGCAAUCCACUAUAUUUGUACGCAGGCAUUAGGACGUGGGGGUAUUCCUCUUCAUUAAAUCCGUAGUGCGGGAGUGUAAACGGAGUAACAGUCAGUGAAUUCAGCGGAAUUAUAGUAGCAUAUGAUAUGGGUGCAAGACAAAUUUUAAGACAAAUUAAUGAAUGGAAAAAUUUACUUAUAGUAGUUUUACUGCCAAUCAUUCUCAUCCCGAUUCCACUUGUCGGACAGACUUCGGUAGCAAAAUGUGCGUACGCAGUGAUUAUCAUUGGUGUGUUUUGGGUCUUGGAAGUGAUGCCGAUAGCCGUGACGUCACUUAUUCCUAUUUUUCUAUUCCCGAUACUCGGUAUCAUGCCUUCUGCUCAGGUGUGCAUCAAUUAUGCAAAU